AUGUCGGGCCAGUGGAGGCCUCUGAUGCCGUUGGUGCAUCUAGACGAAAACGUUACGGUGCUUUUUAUUAUUAGCACAUCUAUGCUUUCCUCUGGUGAUAAGAAGUACCUGUUUGUGGUUUCGCCAGACGAUACCGUGGAAGCUGUGCUUUCUUCGUUGUUCAAGAUAUGUUCUCAAAGGGCGCUGGACUCGCCAUUGCAUUACUCGGAUAUUGACCAUUUACAGCUACCCAGUGGUAGGAGCCUACGUCCUCUGCUGUUUAGACAUCCCAUUCUGGCGUUUAUUGGCCAGGACGAUAGCAUUUUGGUGAAGAUGAAGUUUUCGUGGCAGAGAGAGUUGGCAGACGGGUUUGCUUACUUUAUGGUGUUUUUUGUUCUUGCAGCGGUGGUGUUGUUUGUGGUGAUGCAAGUGAUGAGGCUCUUAGGCUGA